CUGAACACGCUAAGUUGUAUAGUGUGGUCUCUUUCCAGGUGGCGUAACUGACUUACCCCUUCUCCAUCCAAUUUUGUAUAAUACACACACUCACACACUCCCUUAUCCUUUUUCUUUUUCUCCUUUUUAUAAUCAAACACCAUUUAUUUACAUGGAGGAUUUUUACAUCAAGUUGAGCAACAAUAAUAAUAACAAUUUCGAAGCUUCUUCUUCGGAGGAGGAUGUUGUUGUAACCGCUUCUAAGUUGCAUCUAACAGAAGCUACUACGAGCGUGGGCGUGGGUAGUAACUACCUCCUUCAACUUGCAGCACCCGACCCGGAUAUGUCGGAUCCGGUGAUUAAGGCUCAGAUCGCCAACCAUCCCCGGUAUCCCGAUUUGCUCUCUGCUUACAUUCAAUGUCAAAAGGUUGGAGCGCCGCCUGAAGUGGCGUCUCUGCUUGAAGAAAUAAGCCGUGAAAGUCAUCCAAUGGAUACUCGCCGCCGUCAGAUUGGAGAUGAUCCUGAGCUUGAUGACUUCAUGGAAUCAUACUGCAAUGUUCUUCAUAAAUACAAGGAGGAGCUGUCGAAGCCAUUCAACGAAGCAACCUUGUUUUUGUGUAACAUCGAAUCACAACUCAGCAACCUAUGUAAGGGAACACUAACAAUCUCUUUGGACACCAAUAAUAGUCAUCGAUCCGAUGAAGCAGCAGGGAGUUGUUCAUCAGAGGUGGAAGGAAUUGAAUAUGGAUAUGGGACACGUGGCGUUGGAGAUAAAGAGCUGAAGGAAAUGUUGCUUCGUAAGUACAGUGGUUACCUUAGUAGCUUGAGAAAGGAGUUUCUAAAGAAAAGGAAAAAGGGUAAGCUUCCCAAAGAUGCAAGGAUUGCUCUCAUGGAUUGGUGGAACUCCCACUAUAGAUGGCCUUAUCCUACGGAGGAGGAGAAAUUGAUGUUAUCCGAGAUGACUGGAUUGGACAUAAAGCAGAUAAACAAUUGGUUCAUAAAUCAGAGGAAACGCCAUUGGAAACCAUCUUCAGAGAUGCGAUUUGGUGUCAUGGAAGGUGUAAGUGGUGCUGCACAUGGCACCAUAUUAGAACAUAUGUAAUUUCUACUUUCUAGAUAACAUUGUGCAUGCUUUAUUUCAUAGCGAUCAAUACCACGUUGUGAUCCAUAUGUUGCUUUAAUUUCUGAGUUGAAUGAUGUAUGAAAGUAUACAUGGUUGUUUUUUUUGUCUACA